GCUUGCCCAAUGCCACGCAAAAAGCGCGCCUCCAGUCCCCUAGAUCUGUACGACGAUGACUUUGACGAGGAUGCCAGCUCACACAGUUCCCAGCCGCCGGUGCAACGGAAUGCGGCAAAUGCCAGGGAGCGAAUGCGCAUGCGGGUGCUAUCCAGCGCCUAUGGGCGUCUGAAGACCAAAUUGCCCAACAUUCCGCCGGACACAAAGCUAUCCAAGCUGGACACACUGCGCCUGGCCACGCUCUACAUCAAGCAGCUAAUCAAUGCCGUCGAGACGGGCAACGGCACAGCCAAUGCCAAUCCAACGCAAUCCGGCGCCGCCCUAGCUGCUGCGCUGGACACGCGGAAUCUAGCGACGGAUUGCACCAACGACGCCGCAGCAGCGACGACAACUUUCAAUUUCCACAAUGCUGGACAACUCGGCAUGAGCUGGCCCUUUGAGUUUCAUCAACAUUUGCAACAUGGCCACAACCGCAACAGCAAUUCCAACCUGACAUUCGCUUCGGCGCGCAUGGAUUGGCAAAGUUCUCAAACGCAAUCCUAUCCGAAGACGCUACGACAAGAGUCUCAUAUGGCAACCGAUGUUAACUAUACACAGCUGCAGGAUGCACAUUGGUAUCCAACGGAUAUGGGCUUGCAAUUGGAGCAGACACGUGCUGCCAAUGGAUGUUGUGCCUAUGAAUCGGCUGGUCUGGGACAGCAUCAGCGUAGCAUUACAAUAUCAACUAGUCAGGCGCACAGCCUCUAGUGGGGUGCAGAUCUUGCAUUUACUUUAACUUUCGUUCUAACUGAAACCGUAUUAAAAACGUGAUUUUAAUCUAUUCGUCAUUGUAUCGCACUGUAUGUUAU